AUGAAUGCACUCAAAAAGACUAGGAGCAGGACUACAUUGGCAAAUCUUACUAAGAGAAACAAUGACUCGAUGAAAAUAAAUUGGAUUGAAAAAGGCCAACCAGUUGGUACUAACUCAGCAUACUAUGAUUUACAUGAAGAUUGGCAAAAGAAUAUGUGCUUUGAAAUGAUGGCAAACCUAUGGAGAUCUGCAAAAUCUAGACUAGUUAAGGAUAUUAUUGAUGCUAAAACUGAAAAUGAACGACUAGCAUUAAAGCCAGAUUGCAUAAAAAGUGAUGUAGAAUGGAGGGCGUUUGUUAAACAAAAAACUAGUAAAGAACAUAUGGCUAUAAGGGCCAAAUUUCAAGAGAGGAGAAAGAAAAGUGUUCCACACACCAUGAGUAGAAGAGGAUAUGCUCGAACAAUCAAUGAUAUGACAAAACAAACUGAAGGGGGAAAAGAAGAAUUGGCUGAAAUUAUACGCGAAGACCCAAAAUCUGGAACUACAAACAAUACCGAUGAGGAUGCAUUAACAAAAUUAUUUGGUAAUCCAAAAUCUGGACUCUUAAUCGGACAAGGAAGGGGGGUAACAAAGUCAAAAUUAACUGUUGUUAAUAUGUGUAAAGACAAGAUGACAUUGUUGGAAGAAGAGCAACUAAAUAUGAAGAUUCAAAUUGCUGAAAUGUUGAAUCUACUUAAAGGACACUUGGGUGGUAGAGCAACAACAAGUGAGGGGCAAUCCCACAAUAUUCCACAAUCCAACAAUAUUCCUUCUCCUAAGGGCCAUAACUUUACAGAAGUAAGGAACACUUGCUACUUGCUCAAUUGGUCAGAUGUAAUUAUUGUUGAAGGCCGUUGGGAUUCUUGUGAUCUAGACUUAGAGGUGCACGGAAUUCCUCUUGGGCCAGAUUUUAUGCAUGUAUGGGUUGAUGUUGCUAUUGUGCCUAGUGCUUAUUCAUUUCGUCCUAACUAUGUGAUGCUUACUAUACGAGAAGCUGUUGGUUCAACAGUUAGAUGGCCUACUCAAAAGCUAACUGCUGGUGCCAUGGCAGGGGGUUCAAGAAUCAAGAAGAAGCGGGGCCGUCCAAAAAGAGGCCCAUCCCCGUCGAAGGUUCCACGGCAAACCAAAUCGCUGGUAGAAAUUCUGGGAGUGGAGCCGAUCCAGUUUUCUGAUGAUGAAGAACUUGGGGAGGUUGCGAAGGUUGGGGAGGCAGGGACUGAGAAAAGGGUUGAGGAUGUUUCUCUCACGGAACUUCAACAGAGAUCUCAGAUUAGGGUCCAAUUCUCCCAUUUGAUGGAACUGAAGAAUUCGAACCAGGCAUGUACUGUUACUGAUUCUAAACUGCUUGAGAAGAUGAAUACGGUAUAUGACAGGGGUAUCGAGAAGUCACAAUCGGAGGAUUUCGUGAAAAUAGAUCUAGAAGAUAUUGAAGAAGAGGUGAAUUACUGGAAUUCCUCAAUUGUCUGUUAUGUUUUAGGGGCCAAUCCCCCAUUGCCGGUUAUGGAAGGCUUCUGUCGGCGUGUGUGGAAAAAUUUGGGGAUAGAUAAGGUUGCUGGUAUUGGGCAUGGGGUGUUCAUGGUGAGAUUCAACACAGUUGAGCAGAGGGAUAAUGUUCUUAAGAAUGGUAUCAUGUUUUUUGAUAAAAAGCCUUUAAUCAUGAAACCUUGGACUGCUCAUGAAGAUUUUCGCAAAGAAGAUAUUCAGAGGGUACCUGUUUGGAUUCAACUAGCUAACCUGGAAUUGAAGUAUUGGGGGGAGAAGACUUUAUUCAAGAUUGUUUCUCAGAUUGGGAAGCCUCUGAAAGUAGACCCAAUUACAAAACAGAAGGAGAAGCUAAACUUUGCCAGAGUGAUGAUUGAGGUAACCAUCUCUCAAUCUUUCCCUAGUGUCAUCAGUUUUAUCAAUGAGCAUAACAGACAAACAGAUGUGAUAGUGAAUUAUGAAUGGAAGCCAACCAUUUGCUCUCAAUGUAAAGGAAUGGGCCAUGAAACAAGUAUGUGUGAGAAGAAGCCAGCUACACAGGUUUGGCUGCCUAAGAAUUCAAAAAAAGACAAUAAAUCUGUUGGUGUUGAUGCAGAUGGAUUCAGUGUAGUGAAAGCUAAAGGCAAGAGGUCUUUUGUGAAUGAUGGAAAUAAGAAAUCCCCAAUUGAAGAAAUUAGUAACCCCUUUCACGUUUUGGGAGAGUCAGAACAGUGGGUUGUUAGGGAGGACAGUGGAGUUGAUAAUACCUUAGGAGGGGGAGAGCCUCCUUUGGAGAUUGGUUUGGUUGGACUUCUUGAGACUAAGGUUAAGGCGAAGAAAUUAGGAGCCUUAUUCCUUAAUAUGUUUAGUUCAUGGUGUUUUACAUCAAAUAAUGCUUGGCAUAAGAAUGGGAGGAUUUUAUUGGCUUGGAAUCCGAAUAUUUUUUCUGUGGAUAUUAGAUUUUGUUCCCAGCAGUGUAUACACUGUUGGGUGGUUCCGAGGAAUGGGGUGCAUCCAUUUUUUUGCACUUUUGUGUAUGCGUUUAAUGCAGAGGAGAGUAGGAAGGUGUUAUGGAAACAGAUUAGAGACAUUAAGGUUGAGGAUCCCUGGGUUCUUCUUGGUGAUUUUAAUGCAACCAUAUACCAAGAUGAAAGAAUUGGAGACAGGGUUAGAUCGUUUUGUUCAUCAGAUUUUUCUGACUGUUUACAUGAUUGUGGGUUAGUGGAUUUACCUUAUAAUGGUUGUUUCUACACUUGGAGUAACAAGCAAGAACCCCCAAAUCGGAUUGUUGCGAAAUUGGAUAGAGUUCUUGGGAAUAAAGUGUGGCUGGACUGUUUCAACAACACGGCUGUUUACUUCAUGCCAGAGGGGCUCUUUGACCAUUCUCCGGCUAUUUUAUCCUUAAGUGCGAACAUAAAUAUGGGGAAGAAACCUUUUCGCUAUUUUAAAAUGUGGCAAAGGUUUGAUGGUUAUCAUAAUUGUGUCACUGCAGCUUGGAAUCAACAAAUAAAUGGCUCUCCAAUGUUUAGAGUCGUUUCGAAGCUAAAGAAAGUUAAGGAGAAUUUAAAAAACUUGAAUCAGUUUAUUAUAGGGGAUAUUGGAGCAGCUUUCUCUCAAUCAGAACGGGAACUACUUAAUAUUAAAAAACAGAGUCAUUUAGACCCUCAAAAUGCUCAAUUAAUCAGGGAGGAAGCGGAAUACAGGAAAACUCAUGAAAGGCUACAUGAGGCUUACUCUGAGUUUCUUAGACAAAAGGCAAAAUUGAUCUGGCUGAAUCUUGGGGAUGCAAACACCAAAGUUUUUCACAGGAGUAUUCGUAUGAGGAGAUUGAGGAACUCUGUUUUGGCUAUUCGGGAUGGAAAAGGGCAGUGGCAAGAUUCUCAACCAGAAAUUCAAACAGCUUUUCUGGAUUAUUUUCAGCAUCUUUUGGGCAGUGAAAAGCUUGAUAGGAAAUCAGUCAAGAGGUGUAUAAUAAGGGAAGGGCCGGUGCUUACUCAAGAGAGCAUUUUGUUUCUUAAAGAACCAUUUAGGAAGCAAGAUAUUAAGGAGGCUGUUUUCGAUAUUCCAGGUGAUAAAGCACCUGGUCCUGAUGGUUUUAGUAGCUCUUUUUUUCAGCAUCAUUGGGAUCUGAUUGGUGAAGAGGUUAGUGAUGCAAUUCUAUCUUUUCUUGAGACUGGGAAAAUUUUAAAGGAAAUCAACAACACUACCAUAACUCUUGUUCCAAAGCUCCGUUGUCCUGAGAAUGUUAGUAACUUCCGCCCAAUAUCUUGUUGCAAUGUGAUCUAUAAGGUGGCUGCUAAACUGUUAUGUAAUCGGCUUAGGAAAGUUUUACCUGGUGUGGUUGCUUGGAAUCAUGGAGGUUUUAUAAAAGGUAGAUCCAUAACCCAUAAUGUGAUGAUUUGUCAGGAUUUGGUUAGACACUAUGGUAGGAAAGGAGCUAAGCCUAAUUGUCUUAUGAAAUUGGAUCUUAGGAAAGCUUAUGAUAUGUUGGAUUGGGAUUUUAUUGAAGAAUUAUUAGUAGCUCUGAAUUUUCCAGCUCACUUUACCCAGCUGAUUAUGGUUUGUGUGAGAACACCAAAAUUCUCAAUUAUGUUAAAUGGGUCCUUACAUGGUUUUUUCAAUUCGAAAAGGGGCCUGCGUCAAGGAGAUCCGAUGUCUCCGUUGUUAUUUGUUUUGGCGAUGGAGUACUUAUCGAGGAUCCUGAAAAAAUUAGCUAGAGAUAAAGACUUUCAGUUUCAUGAGAGAUGUGAGAAUUUGCAACUCAAUCAUCUUUGUUUUGCAGAUGAUGUCGUUCUAUUCUCGCAUGGAGAUUUUAAGUCUGUCUACAAGCUACUUCAAGGUUUUGAAUUAUUUUCCCAAUCGUCUGGUCUUACAGCAAAUUAUUCCAAAUCUGAGCUUAUAACUAGCGGAAUUCAGGAAGUGGAGGUUCAAAGAAUUUUAAGCAUGUCCAAAUUACAGAGAGGUAGCCUUCCUUUCAGGUAUCUUGGUGUUCCCAUCAGUGCUAAGCAUUUCUCUCAUAGUGACUGUGAAGGCCUCAUUUCAAAGAUGGCGCAUAUUGUGGAGUUUCCAAGGAGAGUUAUGGGUAGAAUAAAUGAGAUUUGUAGGAAUUUCUUAUGGAAAGGUGUUGCUGAAUUUGGGGGGCCAGGUUAUGUUGCCUGGGAGAAUGUUUGCCAAAGUAAGUUCAGAGGAGGUUUGGGCAUUCGCAAUUUUAGUCUGUGGAAUUCAGCUGCGUUAGGAAAGUAUGUGUGGGACAUUGCAGCCAAUAAGGAGAACUUGUGGGUCAAAUGGAUACAUGCUGUUUAUAUUAAAAGAGGGUUUUGGUGGGAUUAUGAGGCACCUUUGCAUGCUAGCUGGUAUUGGAAAAAGAUAGUUGCUGUGAAAAAUCGUUUGAAGGAAAUUUACUCAUUUGAGGAUUUCAUCUCUAGACAUUAUAGUAUAAAAGAUAGCUAUGGUUGUCUGGUAGAUAAUAUGAUGGGUAGCUCUGUGAGGGAAAAUUUGGCUUGGACCAAAUAUAUUUGGAAUGCUUACUUGAUUCCUAAACAUGCCUUUAUCUCUUGGUUAGCUUAUCUUAAUAAAUUGAAAACUAAAGAUAGGCUUCUUCAUUUUGGGAUUGCUACUGAUGCAAACUGUUUAAUUUGGGGUCAUGAUAAAGAAGAUGGAUCUCACUUGUUUUUCUCUUGCUGUUAUAGCAAGAGAUGUUUAGCUGAGAUAAAGAAUUGGCUGGGCUGGACUUCAAAAUCUGAGAAUCUGCAAGGGUUGCUGAGAUGGUUAAGCAGAGGGCAUGGCAUCUCUCGAUUUAGGAGGGGUAUUUUUGCUGCAAGCAUUGGCGCUUCUGUUUACCACAUAUGGAGAGUGAGAAAUCUGUCCUUUUGGGAAGGGAAAGUGCUUAGUACAGAUUGUAUAGUCAAUUGUAUCAAAAGGGAUAUAAAAAACAGGGGUCAACUGUUAUUAAAAAAUAGAAUUAAUAUGUUGGAUAGGAAUUGGUUUGGGGAUUUAAUUGUAUAG